UACCGGGAUCGUCAGCUAGGCGUCGUGCAACAGCAGAUCUGAUAAAUAAAAGUAAAUAUAUACAUAUACAUAUAAUUUCCGACCGAGAAAAGUGACGCCUGCAGAGAGACGCGCGUACCUACCAGGAAGGCACAGCAGCAUCGGCCUCUCCUCGAGCGGUCAAUCGUGUACCGCGUUCAACAGUUAGUCGCAUCCUCGAGCGGCAACUGGCUAGGUACAACAUAUUUUAUACAUCCAUUAUAUAUAUCAUCGUAGCAGCACAGCAGCAGCCAUAAUAGGUAGUGGUGUGCGCGGUACGGUGUAUCCAUUACAGGCGGCGUCGCUCUCGUUUUCGAUAACGAUCUCGGAUAAGUACAACAUAUAUAUCUGCUCGCCGGGAAAACGAGACUCCUGCUGCAAGACGUCAUCAUCGGCGCCCGAGGGUGUCUACUCGUGGUACUUUUCCUCGUGUUCACAUGGGUGUGUAAGAGAUACGCGCGAGCGGCGCCAUUUGCUCCUAAGAGAAGCAAGAAAGAGAGGGAAAGCAGUAGCCGGACAGCGUCGAAGGGUCUCUCUCUCUUCCUCUGUCGAGUGUCGACGCUGUCGACAUCGUCGUCGUCAUCACGAACACGAAGGCAAAGCUUUGAGACGAAACAUUAAAAGCGCACCAGGAGUGAGAAGCUGAAAAAAUGGAGAACAGGCCGGCCCCGUUGAGAUCGAGGCGGGUGUGUAGAUUCUGCCUGACGGAUACCGAGCCGCUCAACUUCAUCUACGACCGCGAGCUCAGCAAGCCCUCUAAUGUCCCGCUCGCCCUGCAGAUCAUGUCCUGCGUCGGCAUCGAGGUGUACUCUGCAGAUGGAAUGCCACAAAUGAUUUGUUUGCACUGUCGUGGCAAUUUGGACAGAUCUUAUAAGUUCAAGCAGCAAUGCAAAAAGGCAGAUGAAGCCCUACGUGCCUAUCCCAUAUCGGGAGUUCUUCCACGACCGUUUCCACUACUAUCCUCCGAUUCAUCUGAGGGUACUGCCAAGAGAAAGAUAGAGAUAAGGAGUCCCAAUGAUCCUAAAAAGCCUCGGUUGGACAAUGGCGACAGAGACAGACGAGAAAAUCUGCGCGAAAAAGAGGAACUUCAACAGCGCCACGAGUAUUACGAGGAACCGGAGGACAUGGUUUACGAGGGUGAACACGAUGCUAACGCUAAAGAUGAUGAUGACGAGUCAAAGCUCGAACCUGGCGAGAUCCGCGUGCAUGCUUGUAAUCAGUGCGAACGCACUUUUCCUCUGCUCCAAUCGCUUCAGCUUCACAUGGAACGAGCUCACGGACGGGAUCGUGAAUACAAGUGCACUGAGUGCGAUCGUUCCUUUUACUCCAAGUAUGACCUGACCAAGCACAUGACAACUCAUAACGAGGAAAAACCCUAUUCGUGUCAAAUUUGCAACAGGCAGUUUUCGCGAGCGAAUCUACUCGCACGUCACGAAAAGAUUCAUCAGGAAGAGUUGAAGUACUCUUGCGUCCAUUGUGAUCGCUCUUUCUUCACUCGGGAGGAUCUUGAUAAGCAUGAGGAAAACAUGCACACCGCUGUUAAGCCUUACCAGUGCAACAUCUGCAACAAGCAAUUUACUUACAAACAAAGUCUUGAGCGACACGAAAUGCUGCAUAGCGAGGAUAAGUCGUUUGUGUGCGAGUACUGCAAAGAGGCUUUCCGCACAAGCACCAAGCUCGCUCGUCACUUGACCACUCAUGCUGGACAUCGUCCGUAUUUGUGCAAGCUAUGCCCCCGCUCGUUCCUUCUUUCGCACCACUUGACGCGUCACAUGCGCAGUCAUUUAGUCGAAAAGCGACACCAGUGCGAGGACUGCGGCAAGGCUUUCAAGCGCAAAGAGAGCCUCGAAGUUCAUCAACUUACGCACAUCAAGCGGCCAGGUAUGGGCUUGAUAUGCAAUGUUUGCAAGGAGUCAUGUCGUAAUAGGGCCGACUACGUUACUCACAUCAAACAACACAUCGAGGCGGGUGAAAAGAUGGGACCCGACGGAUUGCCCCCAGAGAACAAGGAAAAGCUCGCGGAUACCGAAGAAGAGGAGGAAGAAGAAGAAGAAGAACAGUACUCUGAUGAUGACGACGACGACUACGAGCCACCCUCGUCUUAUGUGUAUCAGGCUAAAAAAAUGCAAAGAGGAGUGAAUAAGUCAAAGACUGCUGAAGAUGAAGAAGAAGAGACACUGGAUCAGGAUGAGGAGAAUAAGAAGGAGCAAAUUGUUUAUGUGAGAGGCAAAGAUGGCAACGUUGUGAAGAAAACGAUAAAAACCCUAAUGCCGAUACAGCGUCGAUCAGAGCCAGCAGAAGCUGUAAAGCCGAAAUCUGCCUCUACUCCUCAAGUCAUAAGCACGAAGCAAAUAAAGGAAGAAGGUCUGUCUCAGCAAAAGGGCAGAGUGGAUGAGACCGAAGCUCAGGUGCAGAAAAUUGUUGCUUCCGUCUUCAAGGAGCACAAGAUACCGCUCAAGAACCAAAGUGCUGAGCAGAUCAAAGAAUCGCAACAAGUUAAGCAAGUAACCAUGCCAACUGUCAUGAAAGAAGAAAAAAUAGAUUCAUCCUCGGCAUCCACUUCUCAAAAUACCGUCAAGGUGAUUAAGAGAAUUAUAGUUAAACGGCCUGCUGGAUCAGACAUGUCGGGUGCUAUUACAGGUCCCAUUCGCGAUUUUAUUCAAGAACCAACAACUCCAACUACUUCUCCACAACAGUCCGUGGCUACCCCGUCUACAUCCGGCACUAAGUCAACGAAACGGUACAUCCUGCGUAGAAUAAUCCGUCAAGGCAACAUGGAGCGUGAGGUAAUCAUGCACGCUGACGGUACACCUGUGGAUCCUGCCGAGCUAGCAAAAUUACCCGCUGCAAAUGUAGUGAAACGCCUCGUAAUGAAAAAGCCAGUAGGGAAGAAUCAAAACAUUGAUGAUUUAUUGCUUGAAUCUCCGGACACGAAACAAUUAUUAAAACUGGUUGAGAGUCAAGAUAACGCUGCGAAAUCAGUGCCCACUCCUAUGACUCCGAUUCGCCGAGUUGAGCAGCAGCCGCAAGAAACAAGUGGAAACAGCGAUCAAUCAAAAGAGAGGAUCGAAGCGUUGGAGAAAGCACUGAAGCAACGUGAUUCAAAAAUCGCAGAACUCGAAGCGCAAAAUCAGCAACAUGCUCAACAGCACGAGUACGAUGCUGACGAGAUGUUGCCGGAGCGAAACGAUGAUGACGAUGAUGACGAGCAGGCGCUACCAUUGAAGCGUGUCUUUGUCAAGCGCAAGCAGUGCAUUUACGAUGAGGAGCGCGAGUAUAAUGAUGACGCGUCCUAUCGUAAAGAAGGCGCUGAUGAGGAAGAAAUAGCUACUGCAAUUUCAAGCCAGGAAGAGUCGAAGGAUAAAGAUGAAUUAUCGAUCGAGGAUGCUAAGAUCAUAAUCAUCAAGCCCGAAGAAAGCCAGCAUGAUGUCGAUGAAAUGAGCAGAGAGCUGUGUAACAUUCUCGACUCGACGGACUCUGUCGUCAAAAUGCAGGAAACUGUCUUGAAUAAUUUAACACGAAUAACAACGGUUAACGAGGCGUCAUCGCUCAAAACUUUUGCUGAAGUCGUUGAGGAGGCUACGACGCAGGAAGAGUCGAAGCCCGAAGUGCCGACGUCAACUAUGCCAGAAGAGCAAAUGGACCAAGAAAUCGUCAUCAGUUCAGGAUUGGAGCAGCCUCAUGAACAGGUAGUAGAGGAAGUGACUGAACAUCAGGACCCUCAACUCAAAAUUAUUGUAACUCAUCAUGACCUCGAAGAAGCGCAAGUAGAAGAAGUGAAAAUGGAUUAUGAAGGCUCUAAUGUGGAAACAAGCCAAACUGAAGGCGUGGAUGAAAGCGAGAACGUCGAAAGGUCAGAGGCUGAAUUGUCUGAACUGAAUACGCAAGUACUGUCGGACACGAAUGACAUAUUUGAGGCAUCUGUGACGGAAAUGGAAGUAGACAAAAGCCAAGAACAGUCAAACGUUAACGAGUCGGUUAUUGAAUUGUCUGUUGCAAACGAUACAAUCAAUUUGAACGAGACCACGGACAGUAGAGACAGUUUAGAAGAUAAAUUGUCGCAAAUGGAAGGCUAAGCCGAAAUGUGCUAAGCAAAUAGUUUGUAUUAUAGAUAAAUAAUGGAUUGAAUGAAUUACAAGUUUCACCUUUACGAAAUCGCAUGAUUCGUAAGUCGUAUAAAAAAAUAGGAUCGGCUAUUUUACUGACAGUUAAACAGUGGUGCAUUUGCAGAUUUUGCAAACUGAUUUAAGUUUUUAGAUCAACUAUUCCUCGAAGAGAGGUGAUGACUGUAUCAUUAACUCGUUUGGAACUUGCGUAAUUUUUUUUUCCAAUCUGUGAAUUCUUUUUGUCUGUUUGACAAAGGCUUUUGUACUGUAAUAUUUCAAAAACGUUCGUGUUGCAAAUCUGAACGCACGAUCGCGUACACGCAUUCCACAAAUAUCAACUGGAUUGUGCGAUUUAACGUAACAUUUUUCGUCUUCUAGAUUUAAGAAGAAAAAAGCUGGUGUUUUUUCGAUUAUCUACGCGCCAAAUUUGUACACAAAUCAUUGAAUUUUAAUCAUCUGCAUUAAAAAAUAGCUGAUCCACCGAGACCUUGUACAUAGCUGAACCAUUCCCUUAAAAAUAAAUUUUAUAUAAAAAUUUUUAUCAUUUAUUAUGUAAUUCGUGAGCACACGUAAAAUUUGACAUUAUAGAUUAAAAGAAUAUUCAUGUAUAAGUAAGAGAAUUAUAUUAAGAUAUAAUGAAAUUAUAAAUUUGGGAACAAAUAUAUCAUGUCACGAUUGCUGUCGCGAUUGUUGGAUCUCAAUUUUUCUUGCGAUCUGUAUGUUGAAAUACAUUCAGGAAAAUAAAUUUAUAUUAGUGUUUAUAAUACAUUUAUCUUUAUUAUUUGGAUUUAAUAAAGUUAGGCUUCUAAGAUUUUUAAUAGUUUUUAUUUGAUAUGUAGACAAGAAUAAAAAAGACAUGAACUAAUAAAAAUACUUAACUCUAA